UUCCAUUCAUGAAACUUGCAUGAAAAAUGCAAUUUCAAAUAAAAUUUAAGUUUUUCAGUUACAAUUCGGAGCACACUAUGCAAAUAUUAAAUUUAAAAAUGAAACUCUAGGGGAUCGAAUAAAGUUCAAACAACUAAGUGGAUUGUCAAUUCAAGUUGGGACAGAUACGAAAUAGAAUUGAUUCAAUAGGUAUUUGAAAUAACCUUCAUUGGGAAUAUAAUGUUUAAGGAUGUACAAAAAAUUAGUUGUAAUGAGAGAUCCGUAUGUGGUUCAAUACGAGAAGAAUGAUGAGAAGGAACCUUCACGAGAUGAGAGUAAUAGUGCCUUUAUAGAAAAAAUAGCUGUGUGUUUGUCCUGGUUUUUUGUGUUGAUAUUUUUACCCUUUUCACUGUGCUUUAUUGUAACUGUGGCAAUGGAAUACCAGCGACUUGUGAUGUUUCGCUUGGGUCGCAUCAGAAACUCCUUUGGUCCUGGCCUGGUGUUUCAGCUCCCCUGUAUCGACUCCUAUGACACGGUGGAUAUUCGCACAGAUGUGGUUAAUGUGAGUCCCCAGGAGAUGCUUACUAAAGACUCGGUGACCAUAAAAGUGAAUGCAGUAGUGUUCUAUUGCAUCCACAAUCCCAUCGACUCGAUCAUUAAGGUGGACGAUGCCAGAGACGCCACCGAAAGAAUUUCCCAAGUCACCUUGCGAAAUAUUGUUGGUUCCAUGAAACUCAACGAACUUUUGACCUCCAGGCAACAAUUAUCCAAGGAAAUCCAGCAAGCGGUGGCCGAAAUCACAGGACGUUGGGGAGUGAAAGUAGAGCGAGUGGACAUCAUGGAAAUAUCUUUACCCAAGAGUUUGGAGCGCUCUUUGGCCAUCGAAGCUGAAACUGUGAGGGAAGCAAGGGCUAGAGUCAUUUUGGCUGAGGGGGAAGCCAAAGCAUCACAGUUUUUAAAGGAAUCCUCCGAUGUGAUGUCCGAUAACCAAAUUACUCUACAACUAAGGCAUUUGCAAGUUCUUUCCUCAUUAGCACCUGAACGUCAUGUCACUGUGAUUUUUCCAAUUCCCUUGGCAAUAAUGGAACCAUUUAAUGAUGAGAAUGAGAAUGAACAAAAUGAGGAUGAUAAACGAAGAAAAGACGACGAUCGCGAUGACCAACUGGAUUAUCUACAUAUGUUUUCACCAAAAGUUGUAAUAAGUGGAACUCCACCGGAAGAAGACAAGAAAUGGAGUCGAUUUUGGAAGUGGCCACCCUUUGGAACCACUAGAGGUCCUGAUGAUGGCGAACGGCCGUCUGGCAGCCAAAGAGGUCGGACUGGAAAUCAGCAGCCUUCGUCCAGCAGAAGAGCCGAUCGAACAGCUGAUAGCGAUCCUUAUCCACUUCUCCCCCAGCCAGAAACUUCUACUAAGUCGGUAGCCGGUAUCCCUAUUCCUCCACGUCCUGAUCCGCCAUCCCUUCCUCCGCUUCCUCGUCAUCCCAAACCGCCAUCACUUCCUCCGAUUCCUCCGCAUCCCAACCUUCCACCUGUUCCUCCUCAUCCAAGAUUACCUCCCCUUCCCGACAAACCAGCGCCACCUCCCAAACCCACCUCGUCUUCAAAGUAAGAGGAUUCAAAAUCACACAAAUCCGGUAAAAAUUAUUAUUUUUAAUUGACAGGCUUUGAAAAAUAAAAUAUUUAAAGCCUGCGAAACUAUUAUA